AAUUUUUCAAUUUUCUAAUACAUAAGACGGGUCGAGAUUCACUUUACAACAAGAUUUAUUGGUUAAAAUGAUUUUUGGUAUGCUUGAAUUUUUUUAGUUUAAUAUUUUCAUAAUACAUGAAAUUUUAUUAAAGCGUAAUAUGCUAUCUGCAGGUCUUCAACCUGCGCUUCCAGAUUUUAUGUCCAACUUUAAGAAGGAAGAGUGUAAAAAUUUAAAAAAACGAAAGCGACGAUGUGAAGGAAAAAAUGUUGAGAAAAACGGUGGGUUUUCACAAUAAAAGUUUUCUCUAAUUAUUAAAUAUUAUACAAAGUUACAAAUAUUCCUUAAAUUUGCGUGGUUUUAAAACAAACUUCAAAUACCUAGUCGAUUUUACGCUAUUAUUAUUAUUUUAUUAAGAACUUUAUCUAGAUCGCCCAUCAGAAACCAUUAAUCGUCCAAAACGGAAUAUUUCGAUAAAAAAUUAUAAAGAAGACGACGUACCUGCAUUAGAUCACUUUAUUUGUAAGUUUAUUAUUCUUUAUUAGCUGCAUUCCUGUAGGUAUGACUUAAAUUAAAAAAUUAAAAUUUUUCUUUCCGUACAAAUAUUGCUUGAACGGCUCCCUCAAAAAGAGGAAUGUGAUUUUGACAUUUUGUAGAUUGCGAUAAUUGUAAAAAAGAAUUCGAAAAUUUCUGUCCAACGUGCGGUGCUUUGACUCAUUUACAAGACAAUCCGGUUGAAUUUGACGUAGAAGACAGGGCCCGAAAAACGGUACCGAAGGGCUAUUUAAUCGUUCGCGAAUCACCCAUACACGGAUUGGGUGUCUUUGCGGAGAAAGAGAUCCCUCCUGGGACCCAAAUGGGGCCGUACGAAGGCCUGCUUUCGAAAAGGCAAAACGACAAGGGUUAUUCGUGGAUGCUAAAGGAUGGCAAAACUGUGGAUGCCAAAGAUCCCAAUAAAAGUAACUGGAUGCGUUAUGUGAACUGCGCACGACACGUAAAGGAACAGAACGUUGUAGCAUUUCAGUAUAAGGGACAAAUGUACUAUCGGACCGUUAAAAUUAUCAAAGCUGGCGAAGAAAUGUUAGUUUAUUACGGUGAAGAGUUUGCGAAUAAUUUGGGCAUAAAUACAGACAAUUAUUUUAAACCAAACGAAGAAGUAGUAAUCGAAGGAGUUUUUCCUUGUCCUCAUUGUCCAAUCGCAUACGUGUUUAAACAUAUGCGUGACAGACACGAAUUUUUUUGCAGAUCAAAUCCUCGUAACUUGGUUACACAAUUUGAAGGAAUUUUUACAUGUUCGUAUUGUCAGAUAACGCUGUCUACAAAAGCAUUUCUUGACAGCCACGAAAAAUUUUGUAGUAAAAGAAAAAAAGAGAAAACUGAAAAUGAGGGAACCAGGAAAGGACGCAACAUAAAGAAACACAAAUAUUUAAUUGAAAAACCGUACAUUUGUGAGUAUUGCCAUUAUCGUACUGCAUAUAAAGGCUAUUUAAAACAACACAUGCAAACACAUACAGGAAAUAAACAAUUUAUUUGUCCGUAUUGCAAAAAGGGCUAUAUUCAAAAAUUAGAUCUCGAGUAUCAUAUGUACAAACAUACAAAUGUGGAUAAGCCAUAUCAAUGUAAUCAAUGCAAUUACCAAACUGCUUGCCGUGGACAUUUAAAGCGACAUAUCAGUAGUGUCCACAACAGAGAAAGAACUUUCAGGUGCGAUUUUGAAAAUUGUAACGUUUCAUUUAACCAAAGGGUACAUUUGAAAGAACAUAGUUAUAUUCAUUUGAACUUGAAGCCAUUUAAAUGUUUACUCUGUAAUUAUGCGUGCCGGAACUCCUUCAAUUUGAAAAGGCACAAUUUAAGAAAACACAAUAACAAAUUCUCAAAAGAAACCCAAAUACGAGAACAUUGUGAUUGAUUUAUGACCUUCAAUGUUUUGUUUAAGAUAAGUAAUUAUUGUAUUUAUUAUAUUAUACUUUUUAAUAUUUUCUUUACGUAUAAAAAUAAUAGGUUUUUUUCGCAAUAGAAUAUUUCUCUUUCAAUAUCACACCCUGUCAAUUAAUAUUCUCUUCACAGUCAUUUUUAAUUUUUCAAAAAUAAAGUAAUACAAGUCCUUCUUAACAAAAUACCUCAAGAAGAAUAUUAAUAAUAAUCUCAUAUUAGCACUUUUAAAUUUUUAUUGGUUUCAUUUCUGUUUUUUUUUUAAUUUGAAAUAUUUAUUAGGCUUAAGUUUUAUAAUAAAUGAUUAACCAUUAUGGUUAUAUUUCGAUAUACUUUUUUAGAUAUACUCACAUUGAUACUCUAUAUUACCCCUAAGUUUUAGAUAUUUAGGUAUUUUUUUAUUCGUUACUUUAUGUGUUACUUAUUUAUUUAUG